AUGGAAAAACAGGCAGAAACAGCUCAGGUCGAAGUGGCCGCUGUUGACGCCGAACGCGGCGGCUCUCAUGAAAACGCUCAUCCAUCACCAGAAGUGAUGUAUAUCGAUCCCGAGUUGGAGCGCCGUGUUGUGCGCAAAAUAGAUACCCGACUACUAAGUCUAGUAUGUUUCCUCUCCAUCCUCGCUUAUAUAGACCGCGGGAAUCUUGGAAAUGCGCGAAUCGCUGGAAUGGACGUGGACCUUAACUUGUUCGGCGAUCGCUUUGACUGGCCUUCGACCAUCUUCUUCAUUCCGUUCGUUAUAUUUCAUCUCCAGGUGGUAAUGUGGAAAAGUUGGCGACACGAUUACACGGCUGCCGCCACGGUUCUAGGGUGGUAG